GCCACGCAUGCGCACAGCGCUGCUUGUGUCAUAGCAACCGGACAGGGCAACAUGGCCAAAUCGACCACAAUAAAAGAAGCACUAGUAAAAUGGGAGGAGAAGUCAGGGCAGAAAGCGGCCGAGGCCAAAGAAGUUAAACUCUAUGCACAGAUCCCUCCUAUUGAAAAGAUGGAUGCAUCAUUAUAUACACUAGUUAACUGCGAGAAACUUUCUCUUUCAACAAACUGUAUAGAAAAAAUUGCAAAUCUCAAUGGACUCAAAAACCUUCGGAUUCUGUCACUUGGCCGGAACAAUAUCAAAAAUUUAAAUGGACUGGAGGCAGUUGGGGAUUCACUAGAGGAGUUGUGGAUUUCCUAUAAUCAGAUUGAGAAGCUGAAAGGGAUCAAUGUGAUGAAGAAGCUCAAAAUUCUUUACAUGUCUAAUAAUCUUGUCAAAGAAUGGGGUGAAUUUGUAAAACUGGCAGACCUCCCCUGUUUAGCUGAUCUUGUAUUUGUUGGAAAUCCCCUAGAGGAGAAGCAUUCAGCUGAGGGCAACUGGAGUGAAGAGGCAACAAGACGUCUUCCAAAAUUGAAAAAACUCGAUGGGAACCCAAUUAUCAAACAAGAAGAAGAAGAGGGAGAAUAAAAUGCCUUCAAAUGACAAUUUCAGUCUUCCGUAUUUAAGAAUUAUGUUCCUUUUUUAUAUAAAAAUGAUAGUUUUGUCUUCAAGCAUCGAUUUAUUGUACAUGACCCUUUUAAAUCUUUAGUCUUUUUUGUUUUAUUUAUAAUCUUGGUGCUUUCUUCUCAUUCUACCUAUACCCAAACUAGCACAACAAAACAGCACAAAUCAUUGGAUAUCCUAUUACAGAAAAAGGAGAAUAUUUUAUUGUGAAAACAGUAUUUGUAAAGUGAUUAUAAUGUCUUGCAAUAAAUUAUUAGAAUUAUA